AUGCCCCCUCCAACCCCGAUCCCAAUUCCCCGCUUCGCCUCAACCCAACUCACCCUCCUCCAUGAAGAACACGCCGCCGAAGUCUCCUCCUCAAAACUCGCCAGUACAGCCGCAUCAGUCUCCCCCGCGACCCGCCGAACCCUCCAAGCAACCGGCUACGCCCUAACCGGCCUCAUCCUCUCACAAUGCCGAACUGGUCUUGGCGGGCGCGUCGUCGGCGAGUUCGCCCCGGACCCAGCAGUCACAUCAGAAGAGUCCCGGGCUGCAGAUGGGACGCCUCGUCUCGGGUCGCAUGGGAUUCGCGUCGGGGAUGUUGUAAGAGUUAGUGAUGUUGUGGGGGCGGGGAAGAAGGCUGGCGGGAAAGACAAAGAUAAGGAGAAGGAGAAAGAUGAGAAGGGGGUCGAGGGCGUUGUUACGCGUACUGGUGAUCGCGCUGUUUGGAUUGCGUUUGGGCGCCAGGGUGGUGGGGGGAUGUCGAAGGAGGAUGAUGAGGCUGUUGAGGAGCUUUGGGGGAAGAAAGUGUGGGCUAUUAAGCUUGCUAAUGAUGUUACGUACAGGAGGAUGAGACAAACUAUGGAGAAGAUGGUCAAGAUGAUUGAGACUGAGUACUCUCAUUUCAUGCGCGUCGCGUUUGGGCAUACGACGCCGUUGGAGCUGGAUACUGAGGCUUGUGGACUUGUGGAGUUCACUGAUCCCACGCUCAAUGAUUCACAGAAGGAUGCUAUUCGGUUUGCGCUGGCUUCGCGUGAUAUUGCUUUGAUUCAUGGCCCGCCCGGGACAGGAAAGACGCAUACGCUUAUUGAAUUAAUUUUGCAAUUUGUUCAGCGGAAAAAGCGGGUUCUUGUCUGUGGACCAUCGAACGUUUCUGUUGAUAAUAUUGUGGAACGACUGGCUCCCAAGAAGGUUCCCGUUGUGCGUAUCGGUCAUCCGGCUCGUCUGCUUCCUUCUGUUCUUGAACAUUCUCUUGAAGUUCUUACGCAGACCUCUGAUGCUGGGGGUAUUGUGAAGGAUAUUCGCAAGGAGAUUGAUGAAAAACAGGCUAGUAUUCGCAAGACCCGGUCUGGUCGCGAACGACGAGGUAUUUAUGAUGAGUUGAAGUUGCUCCGGAAGGAGUUCCGACAGCGCGAGUCUAAAUGUGUGGAUAACCUGGUGCGUGAGAGUAGCGUGGUAUUGGCUACUCUUCACGGGGCUGGAGGCCACCAACUGAAGAAUCAGAAGUUCGAUGUUGUGAUUAUCGACGAGGCGAGUCAAGCCCUCGAAGCACAAUGUUGGAUUUCACUUCUAGGUGCAGAGAAGGUGGUCCUUGCCGGUGACCAUCUGCAGUUACCACCGACCGUCAAAUCUACUGGACAAAAGUCCAAGGAUGAAGCCUCCAAGGGCGUCGAUGGAAGGACAGACAGCGACACCGAGACAUUAAGGGGUGUCUCUCUUGAACGCACAUUAUUCGAUCGUUUAUUAGCCCUGCAUGGACCGGGGAUCAAACGCAUGUUAACCAUCCAAUAUCGCAUGCAUGAGAAGAUCAUGCGCUUUCCUUCCGACGAGCUCUACGAGGGCAAGCUGAUCGCCAGCGACGCGGUGAAAGCCCGUUUACUGAUUGACCUACCAUACGAAGUAGAGGGUACAGACGACACGCAGGAACCCCUGGUGUUCUGGGACACCCAAGGCGGGGAUUUCCCCGAAAAGGCAGAGGAUGAAAUCAGCAAAAAGGGCGCCUUGCUUGGCGACAGCAAAAGCAACGAGAUGGAAGCUCUGGUCGUUGCUAGACACGUGGACAAUCUGAUUGACGCGGGUGUUAGACCCGAGAGCAUUGCCGUGAUCACCCCUUACAACGGGCAAUUGGCACUACUGUCGCGGAUGCUACGAGAGAAAUACCCUGGCCUUGAACUUGGCAGUGUGGAUGGAUUCCAGGGCCGCGAGAAAGAAGCCGUUGUGGUGAGUCUAGUGCGUAGUAAUGGGGAACACGAAGUGGGUUUUCUUGGCGAGAAGCGACGAUUAAACGUUGCCAUGACGCGGCCCAAGCGGCAUUUGUGCAUUUGCGGAGACUCCGAGACGAUCAGUCAGUAA